CACGUGCUUGUGUUGCUCAGUCUUCUUCUUCCUCGGCUUACCUCUCUCAGCCACGCCGAAUGGUGGCCUCCUCAGCUACCGCUCUCUGAACACCCUUCGGACUCUCCGCAUUUCUCUUGGUAAUUUUUCGAAGAUUUUUGUUUCUCUCCAAACGGUCGAAUUGAACCCUAGAGUGUUUCUUCGUUUUGUAGAUUGUUGAACUGAUCAACCUAGUGGUGGUAAUUCUUGAAUUCUUCUGUUGUUUCACCGGUUUUUGUUUUGCGGAUUGGAUAAUAUGAUGAUGGAUUCUGAGAACCAGGGCUUUGAAGAAGCCCAGUUGUAUUCCACUCGUGACCAGAUGGAAAAUUUGGUUGUCAAGGAGCAAUUAAGCUCCAAAUCUUUCUCUAAUUAUCGUAGUGCCAUGUCCUCGCUCUCAGAAACGCAUCAUCCUUUGUCCCUGCCGACCAUUCUUACACCGGCUGAUUCGGAUCCCCUGCUUGCUCCGACGAUAGAUCGAGAUCUCCGAAACCCUAAAGCGUCCGAUCGUUUAUUCUCCGAGCCAUUUCACUUUUCUGAUGUGAAUUCUGUCUCGUUUGAUGGGAAUAAUUUUAGUGAUGUUAAUGGCGUUGAAAGCCCCAGCAAGAGUUCGGAGAGCUCUGGGGGUUUAUCCAGAUCUUCGUCUUCAAACUCGGAAUAUAUACAAAUUACAGUCUCGAAUCCUCAGAAAGAGCAAGAUGUUUCGAACUCGAUAGUGCCUGGUGGUAAUUCGUACAUAACUUAUCUGAUCACUACCAGGACUAACAUGGCGGAGUUUGGGGGAUCAGAAUUUAGUGUUCGAAGGAGGUUUAAGGAUGUGGUGACGCUAUCAGAACGAUUGGCGGAGUCUUAUAGAGGGUUCUUUAUACCCCCACGCCCGGAUAAGAGUGUGGUGGAAGGCCAAGUGAUGCACAAGCAAGAAUUUGUGGAGCAGAGGAGGAUGGCACUAGAGAAGUACUUGAGGAAACUAGCGGGGCAUCCAGUGAUCAGGAAGAGCGAUGAGUUUAAGGUGUUCUUGCAGGUUCAAGGGAGAUUGCCACUGCCAACGACAACUGAUGUUGCAUCUAGGAUGCUUGAUGGUGCAGUGAAACUCCCGAAGCAGUUGUUCGGUGAGAGCGCAAUGACACCUCAGGAGGUGGUACAGCCUGCGAAAGGUGGAAGGGAUUUGUUAAGAUUGUUCAAGGAGUUGAAGCAAUCUGUGACGAAUGACUGGGGAAGUUCAAAGCCUGCAGUCAUUGAGGAGGAUAAGAAAUUCUUGGAAAAGAAAGAAAAGUUGCGUGAUUUGGAGCGGCAGCUCAGUGCUGCAUCUCAGCAGGCUGAAUUAUUGGUUAAAGCUCAGCAAGAUAUGGCAGAAACAUUAGGAGAGUUAGGUUUGACCUUGAUUAAGUUGACAAAAUUUGAACAUGAGGAGGCUGUAUUCAACUGUCAAAGAGUUCGUGCUGCCGAUACGAAAAAUGUAGCAACUGCUGCUGUUAAAGCAAGCCGAUGCUAUCGGGAACUAAAUGCUCAAACUGUGGAACAUUUGGAUGUUCUUCACGACUAUUUGGGGUUAAUGCUAGCAGUUCAUGGUGCAUUCUCAGAACGCUCAAGUGCUUUACUGACCGAGCAAACUCUAUUGUCUGACUUGUCCUCUUUGAAAUCAAGGGCCGAAAAGCUUGAAGCUGCAUCAUCUAAAGUAUUUGGUGGUGACAUAGCAAGGAUUCAGAAGUUAGAGCAGUUAAAAGAAUCCAUAAGAACUACAGAGGAUGCUAAAAAUGUUGCAAUGCGUGAAUACGAGCGCAUAAAGGAAAACAAUAGGAGCGAGCUGGAAAGAUUUGACAGAGAGAGACAAGCCGACUUCUUGAAUAUGAUGAAAGGGUUUGUAACAAAUCAGGUCGGAUAUGCAGAGAAAAUGUCGCACGUAUGGGCAAAGGUAGCAGAGGAGACGAGCAGCUAUUCAAAGGAGAACAAUUGAAGUUUUUGUGGCUUAAGAAGAUUAUUUUUUCUUUCUUUGUUCUAUUUUUGGUCCCACAAGAUUCAUUGUUAAGGUAACAAAACAUAAAAGAGGAAGAACAGUUGGGGAGGAGGGAUUUUUUCAGCAUCUCAUUCCCCAAGCUGUUGGUGUCCUCACGAAAUGAAUGAUUCACACACUGAGCUGCUGAUGAAGUUCAUGUGAAAACUGAGGUUUGAUGAUCUAUUGUAAAUUCAUCUUUUCUUCUUCUUUGUCUUAAUCCUAGGAACUUGAAACUUCUGAGUUAA